GCCUGGCAGCACACAGUUCCGGUACGGGAGCCGAGAGACGUGGCGGAAUAGCAGUCUCUGCAAGCCAUGCAGGAUGAUUUACUGAUGGACAAAAGCAAAGCUCAUCAGAAACAGCAGCAGCAGCCAGCCCCAACUGCACAGCCACAGCAGCAAGAGCCCCCCAGCUCAGACACCCCCAGUGCUGCAAAGCCCCCCAGCCCAGAGAACAGCCCCAGCGACCCCACCCUCAAAGAGAAGAUGCAGAUGGAGUCCCCAAUCCUCCCAGGUCUGAGCUUCCCCCAGCAGGAAGCUCCAGCUGCCCUGUCCCCAUCCUUUGGCAGCACCUGGUCCACUGGAGGCAGUAGCAGUGCUGUGGAUGACAGCUUUUUCCAAGGAAUUACCCCAGUGAAUGGAACCAUGCUCUUCCAGAAUUUCCCCCACCACCAUCACCACCACCAUGUCAGUCCAGUUUUUGGGGGUACCUUCUCCCCCCAGAUGGGGCUCACCCAUCAGACUCCGCAACAGCAGCAGAGAAGGUCACCUGCCAGCCCCAAUAACCAACCCCAUUACCCUCCGAGAAAUGCUUACAGCCACCAGGCUAUCCUGACCAACAAGCCUUCUUCUUCCUCCUCCUCCUCGUCCUCGCCAUCCCCUUCUAGCUGGAAUAACCAGCAGAAUGCAGGCUGGAGUAACCCUUCCAACCCAUGGGGGGGCUUGCAGCCUGGGAGGGACCCCCGCAGGGCUGUAGGAGUUGGUGUAGGGGUAGGCGUUGGGGUCCCCUCGCCACUCAACCCCAUCUCUCCACUGAAGAAGCCUUUCUCCAGCAAUGUGAUCGCGCCCCCAAAAUUCCCUCGAGCCUCUCCGUUGACACCCAGACCCUGGGUGGAAGACAACACGUUCAGGACAGACAAUGGCAAUACCCUCCUGCCUUUACAGGAUCGGAAUAGGCCGUACGACUCUUUUAAUUUGCACUCUUUGGAGAAUUCCCUAAUGGAUAUGAUAAGGACGGAUCAUGAACCUCUGAAAGCUCGAAUGGGAAUGAAUUUCCAUCACCCCGGAACCGAUAACAUUAUGGCGCUUAACACCAGGAGCUAUGGGAGGAGACGAGGUCGAUCCUCACUGUUUCCGUUUGAAGACGGCUUCCUAAGUGACAGCCACGGUGACCAAUCGCUAUCGUCCGGCUUGAGUUCUCCAACGCAGAACGGCGAACGGGUAGAACGUUAUUCGCGGAAGGUCUUUGUCGGGGGAUUGCCUCCAGACAUCGAUGAAGACGAGAUCACCGCCAGCUUCAGAAGAUUUGGACCUUUAGUAGUGGACUGGCCUCAUAAAGCGGAGAGCAAAUCCUAUUUCCCUCCCAAAGGUUAUGCCUUCCUGCUCUUUCAAGAGGAAAGCUCUGUGCAGGCUCUGAUCGAUGCCUGUCUGGAAGAAGAUGGAAAGCUCUAUCUGUGCGUGUCCAGCCCCACCAUCAAGGAUAAACCAGUACAGAUCCGGCCCUGGAAUCUGAGCGACAGCGACUUUGUGAUGGACGGCUCCCAGCCUCUAGACCCAAGAAAGACAAUUUUUGUUGGGGGAGUUCCACGGCCCUUACGAGCUGUGGAACUGGCAAUGAUCAUGGAUCGUUUAUAUGGAGGUGUGUGCUACGCUGGUAUCGAUACAGAUCCAGAACUGAAAUAUCCAAAGGGUGCCGGCCGCGUGGCGUUCUCCAAUCAGCAGAGCUACAUCGCUGCCAUCAGCGCUCGCUUCGUCCAGCUCCAGCACAAUGACAUUGACAAACGCGUGGAAGUGAAACCAUAUGUGCUGGACGACCAGAUGUGCGACGAGUGCCAGGGCACCCGCUGCGGAGGGAAGUUUGCUCCGUUCUUCUGUGCCAACGUCACUUGCCUGCAGUAUUAUUGCGAGUACUGCUGGGCGAGCAUCCACUCCCGCGCCGGCAGGGAGUUCCACAAACCUCUGGUCAAAGAAGGGGGCGACCGGCCGCGCCACGUCCCCUUCCGGUGGAGUUGAGCGCCUUGGCCGACCUCGGCAGCCGCCGGAGAUCCGUGGGGGGGGCUUAGAAGACCUGAAGUGUUCUUCAAAACCUGCACGCUCCCUCUGAUCUACUGAAGAAAUGGGUCUUUUUUAGGUUCUUUUGUGAUGUCAUUGUUAUUAUUUACAGUCACCUUACUGAACUUUAGUGUCCAGUAUAUAAUGCAAAACUGCGGAGUGUAACUGUCCUCGUUUUUUUUUAUUGCACUUUGAUUUAUACGAACGUCUGCUUGGUACCUUUAAUCCCCUUUUCCGGAUUCCCCCCCGAUCAGUAGAGACAUCUCAUUAGACUGGUGCAAGUUCAUCUCCCCGCUGGUUUGUUGUGGAUGUGGUGAAGAAUUUCUGUCCUAAACUGGAGCAUGCACUUAAUUUCGUGAUUCAUAACUAUACACUAUCCCACCCCCCAUCCCCACCCCCGCCCUUAGAAGACGACUUACCAAAGGUAUCCUAACUCGUUGGAAGAUGUAGCAGAAAUCCUACAAACCGCUUGAAGCGAAUUACUUAUUCUGUACUAUGAAGUGUAAAGCAGAAUCCCUUUACUGCUACGUGAGCCUACAUCUCCAGUAUUGAUAAGUAUGAUAGAAUCAUAUUUUUUUAUUAUUAUUUGUUAUAUUUUUUACUUAAUAAUUGUGUACCUUAUAAGACGGACACAUUUUUUUUUUUUUUUUUUAAAGAUUAUUUUUUGGGGUGGGAGUAGACCUUUUUAGUGUUAUGUACAUUCAUGCUGCAAUAGCUUUUUUUCGCUGCUAUUUAUAAUGGUGUUAAUAAUACCAGACUACUCUACUCAGGCUAGGGUAUCUGUGUAAGAAGAAAAAAUAAUAAUAAUAAUAAUAAAACUAAUUAAAAAAAAAAUGAUAUAUGAUUAAAAUGAAGUUAAACAGCUGCUGGAAAUCGUUGUAGAGAACUUCCGACGAAGGUCAACUUUUUUGGGGGGUGCUGCAUGCUUAAUGGAUCAGGUUCUGCAUGCAAAAAAAAAAAAAAAAUAAUAAUAAUAAUAAUAAUCUAUAUACCACAUCAUAGAAAACCUGACCACAGUGCACAAAUACGUCGUCUAGUGUAGGCAAACCUAAUUCUAAUUAACACAAUUAGGACUGGAGGAAGGCAUGGCUCAUCUGUAAUGCAUCUAAGUACAUAGGAUCAGAACCCAUUACAGACUUUUUUUUUCUAUUUUAAAA